AUGGAGAAUUCUACGUUUAGUAUUGUAGAGGAACUCAACCGAAAUCUGACUCUUGCAGUUCUGCCAGUAACAAUUUUUAUCGGCGUUGAAGCAUUUGUCGGGACAUUCGGAAAUAUUUUGAUAUUGCUUAUUUAUACCAAAAGAUACGGGCGUAGUAACUUCCGGUGUUUUGUUUUAUCCAUGGCUGUAAUUGAUCUGACGAGUUGUUUUACUACACUUCCAGGAGAGAUAUUUUCUCAGAUGAACUGGUACACAUACGAGUAUGAUUGGGUUUGUAGAGUGAAAUCUUAUUUCAAUGUGCUUACAGCUUGGGGAUCAGCAUCGAUACUUCUUCUUUUAGCAUUUGACAGACAUCGAAAAAUUUGUAAACCCCUGGCAUGGCAGAUUCAACCGUCUUUUGCUUUGAAAUUAUGUAUUUGUUCGAUGGCCUUGUCAGGAAUUGUGGCCAGCCCUAUAGCAAUUCUUUGGGGAAAGCAGACGUACAAUUAUCAGUAUCAAGGACUGAAUCUUACUGUAUCUAUUUGUGAAAAAUCAAGCCAAUAUGCAGACGGCAUUUAUCCACUUGUAUACAUAGGAUGCGUCUACAUUUUACCCGUUGGUAUAAUUUUACUUGUCCUCUGCUCCUUGAACAUCAUUACUGCACGUGAGCUUUUUGGUAAAAAAUCACCAGAAGUGUCCAUUAGGGAUAGCGUUUCAUCUAUGUUUACAUCAGAGUCAACAACAACAAUUGAUGCAACGGAGACUGAUAUUGACUCUUUCGAUAUGAAAUCAUCAGCAGCCAAACACCUUUCAGACACAGACACGGAAAUCAAUGAAAAGAAAUGGCAAAAAUGGUCACAGUCUUUUAAACCUGCCGUGAUAAAUAAAGAUGAAAAUGCAAAUGUUUCUAGAGAUAGAAAUAAAAGCGAAUGUGAACGCUGCUGUUCUGAAUCACAAACCAGUGUUCGCACGAGACUGUCAUUCAUUGCAAAUCGAAAACAGCCUUGCAUUUCUGCCAAGGAUAAUUCUGCAGAGCAAGAAAUAGACAUUCAAUUCGACAUAGACAUAAGUAGCCAUUUUGUCAAAAAGGCUGCAAACAUGAAAAAAUUGUCAAAUACAAGAUCUGGUUCUAGACCUAAUAAAAUUCGAGAGAAUACGUUGUCUGAUAUUUCAAAAACCCCGCCACUACCUCGUCGCCCACGUCGAAACGCUGGUAACCAUAGUACCCCUGACUUCCGGCGCAAGCAGAAGACAGUUAUCAUGUUAGUUCUGACUUCAGUUUUUGUUAUAACGAUGUUGCUAUACGUCGUUCUGAUCACGUUUGUUGCAGGAACAGAAGGCAUUCUUAAAACAUUGACAAAUUCUCAGAAAGCUGUGUUUUUCUUUUUUUGGAGGCUUUAUUUUUCGAAUACCGUUAUCAACCCACUGCUAUACGGAUUUUAUGAUCCGAGAUUUCGCAAGGGCCUAUUCUCCUUCUGUAAGAGAAAGAAAUCAUUUAGAAGUAAUGAUUUAAGACACUGCUCGACACUGCAAAGUCGUAAGCGGACUGUUUUUACACUUUCAUAA